CCCAAGUCAAAAACAAAUGGAAGAGCUAUUGUGGGAUUCCCAGGGAUUUGCAAAAUUCCUCUCCUGUUACACAACAUCCACAGAUGUUGAUCAUAGAUGGAAGCAAUGUGGCAAUGGCUCAUGGCCUACACACAUUCUACUCAGUCCUUGGCAUCAAGUUGGUGGUUGAGCACUUCAAGAAUGAAGGUCAUUGUGUCAAUGCCUAUGUGCCAAUCUGGAGGAAAAACUCCAGGAACACAGUCUCCGGGCAUACACUUCUACUGCAGCUGUACAAGGAUGGCCAUGUGACCUACACUGCUAGCAUGGCUUAUGAUGAUUUGCUUAUGCUUGAAGAAGCCAAGAAUAAACAUGGAUUUAUUGUCUCAAAUGACCAAUUUCGAGAUGCUCCACCAGAAUACAAGGAUACGAUUCAGAGAUGCAUCCGUUUCAGAUUUCAAGGAAACCGCUUCCAGGUGCUUCCAAAUUCAUGUCAGGCUCUUGACUACAGUGACACUGACACCCCAGUAGUGUACGAACAUGACGAAUGGCCUAUGCACACACACUCUACCAAGGCGGUUGACAACGAGGAUACUGAUGCAACAAUAGUGUACGACCAAUCAACAUGGCGCAUGGCCACACCUUCCACUGAGAUCCAUCAAGACCCUCAAAUUCCUCCUGCAUCAGGCAAGGUGUUUGACUGUGGAAAGGCGAGUGUCCAAUAUCUUGGAAAACUGACUCUACUACCAGCAACCACAGGAGAUUCAAGGGCUGAACAACACCACAAAUCACCACAAGAUUGUGGUGGACUGAAAAAACCCACCUCAACACACUUACAGAGUCUGUUCACAAUGUCUGAGCCAGCAUGCCAACAAGCUCACCUCAACAGGCUCAGGGAGUCUAGCAACAGAGGAACCAACAGCGGAACCAACCGCGGAACUGACAACAUCAGAAAUAGUGAACUGACAAGCUCACCUCAACAACACACUCAGAAGGUCCGGCCACAGAAGAACCGACAACGUCGGAAGCAACAAAACAACAAGUUCACCUCAACAGGCUCAUGGGAUCUGUCAACAGUGGAACCAACAACGUUCGAAACAGUGGACCAACAAGCUCACCUCAACACAUUCACACGGCCGGGCAACAGCGCAACCAACAGUGGAACCAACAGCAUCCCAACGAGUUCACCUCAACAUGCUCAGGAAGAGCGUCAACAGCAGAACCAACGUCGAAAAGAGCGGACCAACAAACUCACCUCAAUGUGCUCAAGGGUUCCGUCAGCAGAACCGACAGUAGAGUCAACGAUGAAAACAGUGGAUCAACAAACUCACCUCAAUAUGCCCAAGAGGUCCGUCAACGGCGGAACCAACAAUGAUGGAAACAGUGGAUCAACAAGCUCACCUCAAUAUGCUCAAGGGGUCCGGCAACAAAGCAAGUCAUGGUGGAACCGACAACAUCGACAACGUCGGAAACAGCGAACCAACAAGGUCAUCUCAGCUGGCUCAAGGGAUCUGCAAACAGCAGAAACAACAUCGGAAACGUCUGACCAAAAAACUCAUCUCAUGGGAUCUGUCAACAGCGGCACCAGCAAUAUCAUAAAGCUUAUUGGUUUUGCCCUUAUUUUCAUUUCACUACUUUAUUUUUUUUAUUUAAACUAGUCUAGAGUCCAUAAAAAAUGACCCCUACAAUUAGUGUCUUAAGUCACUAUCGGCUAUUUUUGAGUCUUAGAAGUCAAUCAGGUUGCAGAGCAUUUCACAGUCCAGCCUGCUCUGCUGAAGGUGACCAAUUUAUGCUCUGCACAUGACGUCGCAACUACUGGCUGGCUGGCAAGAACAUAUGAAUGGUUGCCAUGCAACAUCGAGACGCAGCUACUCUAACUUUUGUGCGAGUUGUGGUAGCGCAUUACUAUAGAACGAAAUGCAGUCAAGGUGUAUGUUUGUGUUGGAUUUUACAACGGCAUAGAACGCGAUUCAGCCAAUCACAAUCAAGGACCGGAACAAUCUGUUUUAGAAAUGGGGUUAUAGGACAGGCCUACUCCAAUUUAUUUGUUUCCAGUUCAUGGAGCCAGGGCUGUGUACAGACACAGUGUUUUACGGUGUAUUGAGAGAAUGAACAGCUAGGAGGCUCGGUGAACCCUUCCUGAUCUGCCGGUGAAUUGGAUUUCGCCCUGCAGCUCAGGCUGGACACCUGCACAUCUAUCUCUCCCGCUUCCUGUCCACGUUUACAGGGUCCAAUCACUAACUAGCUAACCCAAAAGGCACGCCCGGAUCGUUGGUCUGAUUGGUUGAGGGACUAUCCAAAAGCGUACAGAAUCAUUUGAACUAUGCCCAUUGAUCACGCAUCUUGUGCAGUAGAAAUAAAGCGCCGACUCCCCACACUAAUGUUCGAUCUUAAAAGAAUGAGCUUAGUAUGGUGAUAGAUAGAUAGAUAGAUAGCUAGAUAGAUACUUUAUUGAUCCCCAAGGGGAAAUUCAAGAUGACUGUAGGCAGCUAUUGGAUCAUGAGGAGAUAUUUGCUUAAUGUAGUAAAAAGUGUUACAGCUUAGAAAUAACAUAGAAUUGCUGACUAUACCUUUAAAGGUGCAGUCAGCAAUCACACAGGUACUCGCUUUUGUUUGUGUUUAUGUUUAUAUUAACAUUCUUUAGCAGAUGUUUUUGUUCAAAACAACGUACUGUACAGUAUUCCCUUUAGUAUUACUGAAGAAACUCCACACAAGGUUUUAUAAUUUGUUAGGACAGGCUGCCCCCACUUUGUUGAAUUACUGCUGCUCUGCAUUUACAUGUCAACAUUAUACUUUUAUGUAUUUUACAUUUUUAUCUUGUAGGCAAGCCACUGUACGAGCAUAUUUAACUUGAUUCAUCCAUUUAAUAUAGGACUGCACUACGCUUAAAUAGGAAAACAUAUGGGUUAGCACUCCAACAACUAUUUAAUCAGCUGCUAUGCUUUAUUGCUACUGAAACGGAUGUCACCAUCCUCCUUGACUAAUGGUUAUACAGACAAUGCUAAUGUCUAAUAAUAUGACCAUUAUUUUGUAUGACGUAUAGCCAUUAUUUCUAUUUUUCUAUUCUAUAUUUUAAUUGAACAAAUUCAAAGUCUGCACAAAAUGGGCUUUACAAAGCAUGCCCAAAAGCACAGUGUAUGAGCCAUGGGUCAUCAUAAUGGUGAAGUCAAGAUAAGCAUUAUUUUCAUACAGCAAUAUCCAAACAAUAUCACAGUCAACCUCAAACUUGUUUGGAGCCUCAGCAAUACAUCUGACAGAUAUCAUACACUCAAGCUCCAAUGCCUCACUUUUUACAGGCCCUGCCCAAAACUACAUUUCACACAAAGCCUUAAAGCAAUAACUGUUACUAAGAGAUAAAACAUUACUGGAUGCUACUCAAUUUUACAUUACAAUGGACUUUCCACUGUAAUGCACUGGAAUACACAGCACUACAUUGUGCAAUUGUACUGUAACAUGGAAAAUGUGGAAUUAAAUGAUUCCAAAGAUAUUUGCAUUAAUAUGCCAGUAUUUUGUUUAUGAUUGUAUAACAUGCUCUGCCAGUUUAUCUUUUGCUCUGUGCAAAUAACAUAAUAAGAAAUAAGAUUACCUGAAAAAUAUAUCCAUUUCAAUGUUUUUUUUUUUUUUGUUGAUAAUGUGAUUUCUUCUUGAAUGUU